UUUACAGUCUGUUGCGAAAGAAAGUUGAACGCCGUGAUAUUUAUUUAUACAUGAUUUUUAAGUGUUUCCGCCCCGAAAGUUACAACAACGGUCUCUAAAUCAAUGGCAGCUUCGGGGAGUGAUCCUGCAGGGAGAAAUGUCGUGCGGGCGCCAAAACCCACUCCAACGAUGGCCUUCAGUAGCAGUUUUGUGUUCAUCUACGAUAUUCCAUGGACGGAAAAGAAGCGACUUUCGCACCUAUUGGACAAGGAUGGAAAGUGGGUUGGAUUAGCCCUAAGGCAAAUGGGUUACGAAGCGCAAAACGUAGAGGACAUCAGACGAUGCACGUCUCGUUCGGGGAAAUCACCUUCCGAGCAGCUGCUUACUAAAUGGGGCAACAUGAAUCACACGAUUACGGAACUGUUCGUUGUGCUUGCGAGGGAAAAUCAUUUCGCAGCAAUGGAAACUAUCAAACGAUUCGUAGAUCCAAAAUAUCACUUUUUAAUUAAAAAAGUAGAUGAAGAUGAUCUGCAAAAGCCAGUAAAUGGUCCGCCAAUUCAACAGAGUAUACCGGCAGAGUACACGACCGACAGAAACGCAGAAAGUGCCCAACAGAGGGGUGGGUUUGCUCAACAACCAAUCGUUACGCCUGAGCAACUUCCGCCGGUUGAACCGGUAGCAGCGCCCAUUCCGCCGGUUGCUUUACCCGUUCGUUCACCCUCCGAUAAUCUAGCUGCUAUCGUCGGAGGAUUACCGCAGUUCAGCUAUGAGGAACUUCGGGAUGCUACCAGCAACUGGAGUCCGGCAAACGAGCUCGGCAAAGGAGGAUUUGGAAUUGUGUACAAGGGAUACUUCAAGCACACGUUUGUGGCGAUUAAGAAGAUCAAAGGAAUCAACACGGAAUCUGCCCGGACGGAGUUACGACAAAGCUUUAACGAGCUGAAAUAUUUAAAUUCAUGCCGACAUGAGAACGUGGUGCCAUUGUUUGGGUGUAGUUUUGAGUUUGGAGAGCCGUGCCUUGUGUAUCAAUACAUGCCAGGGGGUUCCUUAGAUAAUCGGCUGUUCCCAAAGAGUAGCAGCAUUAAACCUCUUUCUAUAUUGGACCGAGUGAAAAUCGCUAAAGGAACCGCCAGAGGCCUUCAGUAUCUGCACACAUUCACCCAAAAACCGAUCAUUCACGGUGACAUUAAACCAGGCAACAUUCUGCUAGACAACGCAAACGAACCGAAGAUCGGAGACUUCGGUCUAACGCGGGAGUUGGCCGUGAGUGAUUCCAGCAUGAAGGUGUCCCGCGUUUACGGCACACGACCGUACAUUCCGCGCGAGUUCAUCACCCAGCGGCAGCUCAGCACCAAGGUAGACAGCUUCAGCUACGGGUUGGUGCUGUACGAAAUCAUCACCGGACAGCGGGUGUACGAUGACAAGCGGCCUCCGCCUAAGCAUCUGAAGGAUAUCGUUCUGCAGGCGGCACAGUCUGGACAGGACAUCCGUCAGCUGCUGGAUCGAUCCCUUUCGGUGGAUGACGUGUUCACGCUAAAAUGCUGCACCGUGUUGCUGAAGGCAGGCUUCUCCUGUACCGCCGAUGAUCCUGACAAACGGUUCGAGAUGGUUGUAGUGUAUAAGUAUCUGGUGGAGCAUCUGAGUGAAUGAGCCGUGCAAUCUACUUCGCCAUUUCGAUAUUCUUAAUGCUUAGGAAAGAUAUAAAACUCAGGGUAGGGUUUAUUGACGUUUUUAUCACAUGUGUUAAUGUUAGUCAUAGUUUAUAUUGUUACCUGCUGAAAAAUUUUGAUAUGUACAACGCUUUAGUAAAUCGAUUUAUAUAAGUUAACGUGAUCAGAAAAAAAGUUUCAAAUGUUCGGAAAAAACUGCCCGAAAUCCUGAGCAGGAGCAUUAUUAGCCUUCAUAGCAACUGAUUUGUACUCAAAGAUGGAUUAGAACAAAUUGAAGGAUGCUGUUCUCGAACGAAUGAACUAAAUAAAGGUACAUUCGAUCAUUCGUAUUGACUCAUAAGAAAAUGGGAAUGCUACUGCAAUUCGUGUGAAUAUUUAUAAGAA